AUGGUGGCUGGGCCUUUCCUAGACUCCCCCUUCUCUUGGGCUUGUUGGCAUCCCCUGUUCUUCCUCGCCCUGGAGGCCCUCCUGACGGGAUCCGGUUGGAGCUGCCCUUCCAGGUGCCACUGCUCCUCCCAGGACAGGUCUGUCUUCUGCAACCGCCGGCGCCUGACCACCGUGCCGGGCGGGAUCCCCCCGGAGUCUGAGCUCCUGGACCUGAGCAAGAACCGCAUCAGGACGUUGCACCAGGGCAUGUUCUCCCGCCUGCAGCCCUUGAAGGAGCUGGACCUGAGCGAAAACAUCAUCUCCAACAUCGAGCCCGGAGCCUUUAACAGCCUGCAGAAGCUGAUGACCCUGAGGCUGAAGAGUAACCAGCUGAAAAUCGUCCCGCCUGGAAUCUUCACCGGCCUCCCUAACCUCACCAUCCUUGACAUCAGCGAGAACAAGAUCGUCAUCUUCCUGGACCACUCCUUCAAAGACUUGUUCAACCUUAGGAAGCUGGAGGCCGGGGACAACCACCUGGUCUUCAUCUCGCCGCAAGCCUUCAGCGGGCUCCUCCGCCUGCAGCAGCUCACCCUGGAGAAGUGCAACUUGACGGGCGUGCCCCAGCUUGCCCUCUCCCAGCUCCACCACCUGGUCGAGCUCCGGUUCAAGGUGCUCCACAUCAGUGUCCUCCACAACUACUCCUUCCGGAGGCUGCACCGCUUGAACGUGCUGGAGAUCGACCGCUGGCCUUUCCUGGCGACGCUGGAGCCCCGCAGCCUCUUGGGACUGAACUUGACCUCCUUGUCCAUCACCAAGUGCAACCUCAGCGCCGUCCCUUACCAGGCGUUCAGGCAUUUGGUUUAUCUCCAGUACCUGGAUCUCUCCCAUAACCCCAUCUCGGUGAUCCAUGGCAAGAGGCUGAGCGACCUUUCACGCCUUCAGGAAUUCCACCUCUCUGGAGGCAGGCUGGCCACCAUCGCCACCAGCGCCUUCCAAGGACUCAACUACUUCCGGCUGCUCAAUGUCUCGGGUAACGCCCUGAGGACCUUGGAAGAAGGGGUCUUCCACUCGGUGGGGAACCUGGAGAUCCUGCGGUUAGACAGGAACCCCCUGGCCUGUGACUGCCGGCUCUUAUGGAUUAUCCGAAGGCGACGCAGGCUUAACUUCGGAGGGCAGCAGCCCGCCUGCGCGAGCCCCACGACGGUCAGAGGGAAAGUCUUCAAAGACUUCUCCGAUGUCCUCCUGCCCAAUCACUUCACCUGCAGGAAGUCUAAGAUCCCGGACAAGACGCUUCAGCAGGUGAGUGUGGAAGAGGGGGACAAAGCAACCCUGAGCUGCAAGGGCGAAGGGGACCCACACCCGACUGUCUACUGGGUGUCACCUCACGACAUCCGCCUGGACUCCAACCACAAGGGGCGGAUGAGGGUCUUCGCAGAUGGCACCUUGGAGAUCGACUACGCCCUAGCCCAGGACAGCGGCACCUACCACUGCGUGGCCAGCAACGUAGCAGGGAACGACACUUUGCUGGCGCACCUUCGCGUGAGCAAGCCCUCCGCCCAGUUGGGCAACGACUCCUUCCUGUUCUCCAACAGCUCGGAGGCCUUCCAGCCGUCCCUCAUCGACGUGGGCACGCUGGUGGGAGUCUUGGCCAUGGGCAUCCUGCCGUUCCUCAGCUCGGUCGCCGUCUGCUUCGUCUUCAUCUUCUUCUGGAGCAAGAGCAAGGGGAAGGUCAAGCAUCACGCCACCUUCGAGUUCGUCCCUCACCAUCCCCACGCGGCCUGGAACAAGCCGCGCAGCAGCGGCGGCGGCGGCAAGUUUGCCAUGAAACUCAUGUGAUGAGGGGGCCAUUUUCUCGCCUCAGGCCCCCAUAGCUUUGUGAACCUGGAAAUGGAAAAUGCGGAGAACUUACAGAAGUGGUUCAUCUUUGUGAGCUGCCGAUGCCAGCACCACGCUCCACCUGUGUAGC